AUGCGGCCAGCUACGGCUUUGCGGCUCCAUCACUUGCCCGCCAGCGUGCGUGCUGUUGCAACAACCGCGCAGAUGCACAGCCCGGCACGCAGGGAGGCAGAGAACCGCAGCACAUUCUACACUGUGCUCCUUCGAAGAUCCGCAUACAGCAGACGCAGCCGCAGCGCGAGUCCCGUAGAGAGGGUGGAAAGAACAGCAGAUCCAAUGCCCACGCACGUGCGUGGGCAUUGGAUCUGCUGUUCUUUCCACCCUCUCUACGGGACUCGCGCUGCGGCUGCGUCUGCUGUAUGCGGAUCUUCGAAGGAGCACAGUGUAGAAUGUGCUGCGGUUCUCUGCCUCCCUGCGUGCCGGGCUGUGCAUCUGCGCGGUUGUUGCAACAGCACGCACGCUGGCGGGCAAGUGAUGGAGCCGCAAAGCCGUAGCUGGCCGCAUGCACGCAAUGGACGACGCCUGCUUCUCGACAUGCGAGCGCAAAAACAGCAACAAAAAACGAAAUUAACGCUCUAUAUAUUUCUCUUCAUUCUCUAUAGUUUCUUUGACUUUUUCUUUGCCCACGAAUCGCGACGACCACUUUGUUUCUUCUUCCCGCUCUUUGCCCUGGCAAAUGCCGAUGUACACUCGGUGGACGCGGGGAUGUGCCGGUCUCCUUUCUUGUCGCGUGGCGCGGCGCACUGCGGUGCGUGCCAAUGCCCCAAUGGCCGGUCCCUGCUGUGCACCUCGUCUGAAUGGCCAUGA